AUGACAGGUGGUCUUCUAGAACAGGGACGAGGGCUCCGGCUACCCCUUGACCCGGUGUGGACAUCAGAAGAUGAAUACAUCCAGUCGGCACUGACCUUCGCCACGACCUCUGAUCUCUUUCGGAAUCUCUGUGGUGGAGUCCACAUUCUUGACUUCCUGACGCGAGAACCGGACCUUUACACGACGGUCCUGCCUCAGGAAUGGCGUGACUGGUUUGACACGGUGGACAUUGACGAUGUGCUCGAUCUGCUUCUCCGAAACAAUUUAAAAGACUAUUAUUCCCCGAUCUCGACAUUCACAGCCUCCAACUCCAGCCCUUCCUCUCCUCCGGCAAGCCUGCUGGACUAUGUACAGACAAUCCGUAAACACUGCCUUCGUCGGGACUUCACGCCCGUCUCGGACGACGUGACAGACAUGCCAAGACAGCUCUCGGUGGGCAUGAAGACCAAGAAGGUCCACGAGGUCACAAACUUCGCGGCAUACGUGGACAAGCUCUCAGAGGACAUCUCCCAGCGACUCGACGAACCACUCUCGGUCAUCGACUUCGGGUCCGGGCAGAAUUACCUGGGUCGGACGCUGGCGUCGCCGCCCUACAACAAGCACGUGGUGGCCAUUGAGCGGAAACAUCACAACAUCGCCGGCGCGAGAACGAUGGAUGUGCAUGUGAAGCUGGCGCAGAAGGAGAAGAUUAUGCGCAACAAGAAGGAAUGGAAGCGGCAGAUGGAGGGGCGCGGCAAGGACGGCAACGGCAUGCCCACUCCUCCACCGUCGUCCUCAGAAGAGCCGGACACGGCGGACCACUCGUCAGUGCCGGUGCCGGUGCCGGUGCCGGAGAUGUUCGCUGCGGCAAAGAUUCUGGAUAAUAACGACUUCGAUCCCGACAGGGGGUCCAUGACGUACAUCGAGCAUGACGUCCAGGACGGAUAUCUGGAGAAUAUUCUCUACCCGAUGGACGCAAGUCAGAAAGAAGAAGGAGGAUAUCAACAACAACCGGAGAACAUCGCAGGCCCUCCGACAACAGCACCAACAACAAACAGACCAGUCAGCGGAUACAAAAACAAGAACAGGGCCAGGGCCAAGACGAUGGUUGUAUCGCUGCACUCAUGCGGCAACCUAUCUCACCACGCUUUGCGCUCUCUCACACUAAACCGCAGCGUCUGCGCCGUCGCCAUCAUCGGGUGCUGCUACAACCUAGUAACAGAACGGCUGGGCCCUGCGAGCUACAAGCUGCCGCGGCUGCGGCCGAACCACCCGCGGCUGGAGGCGACGGGGUCGGCGUACGACCCGCACGGAUUUCCCUUGUCGCGCGCUUUGGAGGACUUUCAACUUGCCGACGGCGGGCGCGGGGUGAGGCUCAACAUCACGGCGCGCAUGAUGGCCGUGCAAGCCCCAUAUAACUGGGGGCCCGAGGACAGCGAGGCAUUCUUUCGGAGACACUUUUACCGCGCGCUAUUGCAGCGCAUUUUGCUCGAUUUAGGCGUGGUCAAGCAGUCUGCCUCUCCCGACGCGAGCCUAGCGAAGGAGGGCGAACAGGUCGUGGGCGGCAGCAGUGGCAACGGCACGCCCCUGAUCAUCGGUUCCCUGCGCAAAGCCUGCUUCGCCAACUUCCGCGCCUACGUGCACGGCGCACUGACCAAGCUCUGCGCCGACCCCAUCGAGGGUGCCGCAGUCGCCCGCCUGACGCAGGACAAGAUCACGGACGAAGUCAUCGACGCGUACGAACGACAAUUCCUGUACGCCAAGAAACAACUAGCCGUCAUCUGGAGCCUGAUGGCCUUCAGCGCGGGUGUCGUCGAGAGUAUUAUUGUUGCGGACCGCUGGCUGUUUCUGUGCGAGCAAGCCGACAUCGUUGAGGAUUGCUGGGUCGACGUCGUCUUCGACUACAAGCAGAGUCCGCGGAAUUUUGUCGUCGUGGGGAUUAAGAAGCAGGGUUGA